UGGGGGGCGAGGGCCCGUUCAUCGCUGCUUGCAGCUUUAAUUUUUUUUUUUGUUCCCGUCCAGUCCAGUUGAGUUCGAAUGCUGUCAGUUAAACAUAACAUUUUACUCAGCUCACCUUUGGAAAAGCAGGCAGUCAUUUACUAUAAUGAAAAGGGCUGGGCAGUUUGUAUGCUGAGAGGAGAGAAACUACAAAAAAGUAUAGAUAGGUGAAGUAAAGUGCAGUUGGAGGGAGGUGGGUGCAAAACGUUGUUGCAGAGACGUGCAGUAACUAAGUAUGGGGUUGGACAGGAGGACAAAGGGGACACAGCUGUGGCUGUUAAACUCACUGGCUUUUGUCUUCUCUGUGUCUCUGACUGAUGGAUCUCCAAUGAAGGUGAUGUCCGCCCCCAACUUGCUACGAGUUGGAACACCAGAAAAUAUCUUUCUGGAGUGUCAAGACUGCCCCCAAAGUAACUUCACAGUCACAAUUGCUGCAAUGAAUUAUCCCACCAAAGCUCAAAGACUGGCAUUCACAACUGUGACUCUUAACACUGCAAACCAGUUCCAAGAAUUUGGGAAAAUCACGAUCCCCUCUGGAGACUUUAGUCAAGAUCCCAACUCAAAGCAGUAUGUUUACCUUCAAGCUUAUUUCCCAGAUGUAACACUGGAGAAAGUUGUUUUAGUGUCCUUUCAAUCUGGCUACAUCUUCAUCCAGACAGACAAGACGCUCUACACACCCAACAGCAAAGUGUAUUACAGGGUAUUUGCACUGACACCCAGGAUGGAGCCUGUCGACAGAACUACAUCAAACCAAAUGGAUGCUUCUAUUGCAAUUGACUUUUUGACACCUGAAGGCAUCAUUUUAGCACAAGAUUUAGUCUCUCUGAAGUCGGGAAUGUACUCUGGAGAUUUCAAACUUGCUGAAGUUGUCAGCGUUGGAGUUUGGAAAAUAAGAGUGAAGUUCCGCAGCAUUCCACACAUGAAAUACUCCACACAGUUUGAGGUCAAAGAUUACGUGCUGCCCAGUUUUGAUGUGACAUUGAUGCAUCAGCGCUCAUUCUUCUUUGUGGACAGCGAAGAACUCCAUAUUGACAUCAAAGCUACGUAUCUGUUCGGUGAACCGGUGGAUGGGUCAGCCUACGGAGUAUUUGGUGUUUUGCAUCAGGAUCAAAAGCAGAGUUUUCCCAGCUCACUUCAAAGAGUGUUGAUUGAGGAAGGAGAGGGAGCCAUGACACUGAAGAGACAGCACAUCACACAGAUCUUUGAAAACAUCACAGAUCUAGUGGGAAGCUCCAUAUUUCUGAUCGUCACUGUGUUGACAGACAACGGGAGUGAGAUGGUAGAGGCAGAGCUGAGGGGAAUUCAGGUUGUCACAUCCCCUUACUCCAUCAACUUCAAAAAAACACCCAAAUAUUUCAAAGCAGGGAUGUCUUUUGAUGUUCUGGUUGAAGUAACGCAUCCCGACGACACUCCGGCACAAGGUGUUGCAGUGGUGACUGAUGCACAAGGGGUUCAGGGCGUCACCUCAGCUAACGGCAUGGCAAGGCUUUCUAUCAAUACGAUGGAAAAUCUACAGACAUUGACAAUCACAGCGAAGACCAAAGAUCCUCGUUAUUCGUCUGAAAGGCAAGCAUCGGCCAGCAUGACGGCUCUACCAUAUUCCUCCAACAGCAACAGCUACAUCCACAUAGGGCUUUCUACAGCUGAAGCAAGAGUAGGAGAAAACCUAAAAAUGGACUUAAUCCUCAACAAGCAGGAAAAUCAGGAAAACGACAUUACAUACCUGAUCCUAAGCAGAGGUCAGCUGGUGAAAUAUGGCCGCUUCAAAGUACAGAGACAAGUAAUAAUAUCUAUAAUAGUCCCCAUUACCAAGGAGAUGCUUCCAUCAUUCCGCAUCAUAGCCUACUACCAUCCAAAUGAUAAAGAAGUGGUGUCUGACUCUGUUUGGGUGGAUGUGAAAGACUCCUGCAUGGGCUCGCUGACGCUGACACCACUGAGGCCUACUCCAGUUUAUGAACCUCGCAAGAUGUUUGCUCUGAAAAUCACAGGCGAUCCAAAAGCCACAGUGGGACUGGCUGCCGUUGACAAAGGUGUUUUCGUCCUGAGCAACAAGCGCCGCCUCACACAAAAAAAGGUCUGGGACACUGUAGAGAAGCAUGACACAGGCUGCACACCCGGUGGAGGGAAGAACAGUAUGAGUGUCUUCUACGAUGCUGGGCUGUUGUUUGAGUCCAAUAUAGCUUCUGGGACUCCUUAUAGACUAGAGCUGAAAUGUCUGCCCUCCAGUAGAAAGAAACGAGCCACUGCAAUGAUGAACGUCACAACCAGCUUGUUGAGUCAAUAUGGAAACGAAGAGGAACGUACCUGUUGUUUGGAUGGCAUGCGGGACACACCUGUUUCAUACACCUGCGAGCGGCGCAGCGAGUACAUUGCUGCUGGACCGGCCUGUGUCAUCGCCUUCCUGCACUGCUGCAGGGAGACGGAAAGACAGCGAGCCGAGAGGAGAGAGGGAAAUCUACAACUGGCUCGCAGUGACGAAGAUGACAACAGUUACACUGACGUCAAUGACAUUGUUUCUCGCUCAAAGUUUCCUGCAAGCUGGUUGUGGUCAGACGUCACACUGCCUGCUUGUCCUCAAGAGAAGCCCAACUGCCAAACUACAUCAUUGACAAAAAGCUUUCCUUUGCAAGAUGCAAUCACAACCUGGCAUUUCACUGGCAUCAGUCUGUCAAGAACUCAUGGUAUCUGUAUAGCUGAUCCAUUGGAGAUAAUUGUCAAUAAGAAAUUCUUCAUUGACCUCAGACUGCCGUCCUCAACUGUCCGUGGAGAGCAGAUUGAAAUUAAAGCAGUCCUUCACAACUACACUCCCGAUCCCGUCACUGUGCAAGUGCAUUUGAUUGAGGAGUCACAUGUGUGCAGUGUUGCUUCUAAGCGUGGAAAAUAUCGUCAGGAGGUCAAAGUAGGGCCUAAAUCCACACGUUCCUUACCUUUUGUCGUUAUUCCCAUGAAGGAGGGAGAAUUCAGCAUUGAGGUCAAAGCAGCUGUGUUAGAUUCGAGCCUCAGUGAUGGAAUCAUUAAGAUAAUGCGGGUGUUGCCUGAAGGCUUCCUAGUAAAAUAUCGUCAGACUAUAAGUCUCGACCCAGAAAAUAAAGGAGAAGAUGGUAAACAAGUGGAACACAUCAACAGUAAAAUUUCUCUUCUAGACAUCCUCCCAAAUACGCCAACCAGCACACAGAUCGCUGUGACAGGAAAACAUCCUGGAGAAGAGCUGACAAACACUAUUGAUGGAGGGCCGAUGACAAGUCUGAUCUACGAACCGUCCGGCUGUGGAGAGGAAAACAUGAUCCACAUGACCAUGCCUGUCAUUGCUGCCACUUAUUUGGACAAAACCAACCAGUGGGAUGCUGUGGGCAUUGACAGACGCUAUGAAGUCUUGCAACUCAUCAGAACUGGUUUUCAGAACCAACUUGCAUACCGUAAGAAGGAUGGAUCUUUUGGAGGAUAUCUUGCUCGUCCAAGCAGCACCUGGCUGACAGCUUACGUUGUCAAAGUGUUCGCCAUGGCCUACAACCUGGUGGGAGUGCAAAGGUCUGUUAUCUGUGACGCUGUCAAGUUCCUGAUCCUCAAAACACAGCAACCUAGCGGCUUGUUUGAAGAAGUUGGGGGAGUAUCCAACCGAGAGAUGAUGGGAGGUGUCGAGAGCACAGAGUCUGAUGCCUCCAUGACAGCCUUUUGCCUCAUUGCUAUGCAGGAGUCACGCACAACAUGUGCUGCCACGCUCCGUAGUCUUCAAGGUCACAUGGACAGGGCAGUGGCCUACCUGGUGAAGCGCCUGCCGAGCUUAGUCAACCCUUACGCCAUCACCAUGGCAUCAUAUGCCUUGGCCAAUGAAAACAAACUGAACCUGGAGAUCCUCCACAGAUUUGCUUCUCCAGAUUUAUCCCACUGGCCUGUGCCUCAGGGACGUGUUUACACUGUGGAGGCUACAGCAUAUGCUCUUCUGGCACUGGUCAAGUCCAGGGCCUUUAAGGAAGCUGCACCUGUUGUCAGGUGGUUGAAUAAGCAGCAGAGAGAGCAAGGAAGCUAUGGAUCCACUCAGGCCACCCUGACAGUUUACCAGGCUGUGGCAGAGUACUGGACCAGUGACAAAGAUGCAGACUAUAAUCUGAACGUGGAUAUCUUGUUGCCGGGCAGAUCAAAACCAGACAAGUACAACAUAAACAGGGAAAACCACUACGCUACAAGAACAUCUAAAGUCAAUGACAUAAACCAGGAUGUUCAGGUGACAGCCACAGGACCAGGAGGAGCAACAGUGACCAUGGUGUCACUGUAUUACACUUUACCUAAAGAAAAGGACAGUGACUGUCAGAAAUUUAACUUGUCGGUGCAGCUUAUCCCAGAGAAGAUUGGUGAAGAUGAAAAGAUAUACAAGCUGCACAUAGAGGUUUUAUAUAAGGACAGAUAUCACGAUGCAACCAUGUCAGCCUUGGAUAUUGCCUUGCUAACGGGCUUCACUGCUAAUACAAAAGACCUCAACCUAUUGUCUAAAGGGCAGGCGCGCACAAUUGCAAAAUAUAAGGAAAACAACAGCGAGACAGAGAGAAGCUCACUCGUCAUCUACCUGGACAAGGUCUCACACACACAACCUGAGCAGAUCACUUUUAGGAUACAUCAGAAGUUGAAAGUGGGUGUAUUACAACCAGCUGCUGUGUCUGUCUAUGAGUUCAACAGUCAUCAAGAGAGCAAUGAGUCACAUUGUGUGAAAUUCUACCAUCCAGAGAGGACAGGCGGACAACUACUGCGUCUCUGCAGAGAUGAUGAAUGCACUUGCGCUGAAGAGAACUGCAGCAUGCAGAAGAAAGGCAACAUUGACAAUGGUGAUCGCACAGCUAAGAUCUGUGAGACCCAAGUGAACAGCAGAACAGAUUUUGCGUACAAAGUAAGACUGAAUGAGUUUACCGAUGGUUUGUCCACUGACAUUUACACUAUGCAAGUACUCCAUGCCAUCAAAGAAGGAAGUUCUGAUGUUGGUCCCCAGGAAAAACAACGCAUUUUUCUCAGUUACCGGCACUGCAGAGAAGCUUUAGCUCUCGCAACAGGCAAGACCUAUCUCGUCAUGGGGACGUCCAGGGAUAUUUUCACUGAUGAAAAUAGUCAAUCUAUGUGCUUGGUGAGAGGACGUGGAUCGAGUACUGGCCCACAGAGGCAGAGUGUAAAACCGCAAAAUACAAACCUACUUGUGUAGGCAUGGAGAAAAUGGUCCAGCAGUUCACACUCCAUGGUUGUCCACAUUAGAGCUUCAGCAGUAGCAGCAAACAUUAAUUUUAGGGGGGAAUAUUAGGUAGAAAAAAAAUCUGCGACUGAGUGCUUAUAUUCAUGUCACAUUAUCACAUUAUGCUGCAUUUGCUAUCCCUCAUAAUUGGGUAUAACUAAGGUGCAUCACAUCAAUUUCACCAGAUGCCCACCCCACAGGGGACAGGGGUGGAGUCAAUCAAGCUGAUUCCACCCAUAAAAACAGCUGCUGUGAAUGCAGCUGCAAUAACAUGUUAAAGAGGCAACUUUUGCAUUAUAUCUCUGUGGUAUUUUGUCCAACACAUCACAAAGGUUUUAUAAACUACGGAGCCCUUGAGGUGACAUGGAAAUUAUUAUUUUUAUCUCGUGCGCACGACUUUUUAUGUCGUGCGCACCACUUUUUAUCUCGUGCGCACCACUUUUUAUGUCGUGCGCACCACUUUUUAUCUCGUGCGCACCACUUUUUAUGUCGUGCGCACGACUUACUGAAAAGUCGUGCGCACGAGAUAAAAAGAAUCAUCACUGUCUAAUGUUCUGUCUAAUGACAGAAUUAUCACUGUUUCAGCAGGUCUCUUAGGUUUAUAAUUCAGAUUAAUUUUCGUUUACAUAUAACAUUGUUUGUAGUCAUUUUAGUGCAAUUUAAAGCUUAUUUCUACAAAUAAAAUCAGCACUGUAGGCAGCGAUCUUGGACCAGCGGCCACUCUGAUUGGUCCAGCACGCUCACGUGACAAUGUCAAAGCACUUUGUGACAACUCCGCCUCUGGAAAUAGUUCCACUUUUAAAACGUCGUUUGUGAAGCCAGUUUCCCGAGAUCGGACUUCGACGACUAGAUAAAUGCUUGGCAUCAAUAGCUGUAUAUGUUGAAGUGAGCGGAUAUGUCACUUUUGGGGGUUUCCUUUUGGCCUUCCUUCCUAUUCAAUCCAGUGUUCUGUUCUCACUGACUAAAAAGUCGUGCGCACGAGAUAAAAAGUCGUGCGCACGACUUUUUAUCUCGUGCGCACGACUUUUCAGUAAGUCGUGCGCACGAGAUAAAAAGUGGUGCGCACGACAUAAAAAGUCGUGCGCACGAGAUAAAAAUAAUAAUUUCCAUGUCACCUCAAGGGCUCCGUAAUAAACAGCUUUGGAUGUUAUGUAAUAAUUUUGUCAAAGGCAAUAAUAUGUAUCAUUAAAGUACAGCUUGACUACAUUAUUUUGUAAGCCACAAAACAGAAUUAAACAUGAAAUAAAGGAGGGUAUUGCAUCAAAUUAAUCGCAUCAAAUAAACUUAAAC